AACAAUUUUCUUAUGACCGGACCAAAGGCAUAUCUGACAUACGCUAGCAGCGUCCAGGCUGGGGCACAGAGUGGCAUAGAAGAGUGCAAACAUCAGUUCGCUUGGGACAGGUGGAACUGUCCCGAAAGUGCCCUCCAGCUCUCUACUUACAAUGGUCUCCGAAGCGCAACCAGAGAGACAUCAUUUUUACAUGCGAUAAGUGCUGCCGGCGUCAUGUACAGUUUAACGAAAAACUGUAGCCUUGGAGAUCUAGACAACUGCGGCUGCGACAACUCAAGAAACGGAAAAAUCGGCGGCCGCGGGUGGCUUUGGGGUGGCUGCAGUGACAACGUGGAUUUCGGGGAAAGAAUUUCCAAGCAGUACGUGGACUCCCUUGAAACAGGCCAGGAUUCGAGGGCAGCAGUGAACCUGCAUAACAACGAGGCCGGGAGAAUGGCUGUGAAAGCAACCAUGAAGCAGAUCUGCAGGUGCCACGGGAUGUCAGAAAGCUGCACCAUUAAAACCUGCUGGCUGCAGCUGUCCGACUUCCGAGAAGUCGGAAAUUACUUGAAAGUGAAGCACGACCAGGCGCAGAAAUUGGAGAUGGAUAAGAGGCGCUUGCGUGCUGGGAACAGCGCUGACAACCGCGGGGCCAUCGCGGACGCAUUCAGCACCAUCUCCCGUACUGAGCUCGUGUACUUGGAAGAUUCUCCAGAUUACUGCCUCAAAAACCUAAGCCUGGGACUCCAUGGCACGGAAGGCAGGGAGUGUCUCUACAACGGGGACAGUUUAUCGCAGUGGGAAAAGAGGAGUUGCCGCAGACUCUGCCACGAGUGUGGUUUGAGGGUCGAAGAGAGACGGAUCGAAACUUUUAGCAGCUGCAAUUGCAAAUUCCAUUGGUGCUGCACGGUAAAAUGCGACCAUUGCUCUCAGCUCAGCAUCAAGCACGUUUGCGCCAGGAGAGAAAACAGUUAUGGGCAUCACCACAGACGAAGAACUCGUGGGCACAAGUGA